AUGCCCGAUUGCCCGAACCAGGUAGUUUGUCCUUCAACAUCCCUCUCACUACAAAGCCUUUCUCCAAUCCAAAAAGUAUCAAAUCAUCCGAAAAAGCAGGCCUACCUCUCCAACAUGUUUCAUCGCUGCACAUGUUUUCUCUUGGCCCUUCUGGUCCUGGUUACAGUCGCCUUUGCUGUGAAUGACAAGCGCGUCGGGGAAGACAUCUCUAUUGAACAAGAUGGCGCGGAGGACAUGAAAGUUGCAGACCGAUCUCAUUUCAACUGUCCGGACUCUCCCAGAAGCAAGAAAGAAGCUCAAGAUCAAUGCCGUAAGUAUCCCGUUAACAUACGUUGCCGUGUCGCUUUUUACCGCGGAUGGUUGUGCAUCAGUCGUGAUCAUUGA